AGUUGUGCUGAUCACAUCUGGAAAGGCUCUGAUUCAGGAAAAGGAGAAAGUGUUCGGCACUCGUCGAGUGUAUAAUUGCCAUGGCAUGAGCAAUCGGAGCCUUUGGUGGGGGGGACCAGAGAGAAUUUUUUUUUCCAGAUACUUCCAUCACUGUCCACAAAGUUGAGUGGAAAUGUACCUGAACUUCCUAUCCCUGUUUCCGGUGCUGUGGCUAUUGGUACUUAACUCCAGCAGGAUUCAAGGCCAGAAAAACAAAAACAGCAACGAGUUCCCAGAAAAUUUUCCUGAGCUACUCAAUCAUCAAGAUACUUCCUUGGCUCCAGAUUGUCCUAAAAAAUGCACCUGCACCUCAGAAGGAAUUGUGGAUUGUGGUGGAUUUUCACUGAAGGAAUUUCCCAUGGAUGUCCCAGAAAUGACAAGCCACCUUUCCUUACAGAACAACCAGAUAGAAAAAAUCAUUCCAGAACAGCUUGCACGUCUCCCUUGGCUAGAAACAUUGAAUUUACAAAACAACAGACUCACAUCCAAAGGGCUUCCAGAGAAUACAUUUGACCAGCUGGAGAAUCUGAAUUACCUGUACCUUGCAAAUAACCAGCUCACAAUGGCUCCAAAGUUCCUUCCACCGACUUUGAUCAGUGUGGAUUUUGCCGCCAAUAAUCUCACCAAAAUUUAUGAUCUCACCUUUGGACAAAAACCAAACCUGAGGUCAGUCUAUCUUCACAACAAUAAGCUUGAUGAUGCCGGACUACCAGAAAACAUGUUCAAUGGUUCUGACAACGUGGAAAUCUUGAUCAUGUCCAGCAACUUCUUAAAAUAUGUUCCGAAGAAUCUACCAAGAGCAUUAUAUAAGCUACAUCUUAAGAAUAACAAAUUGGAGAAGAUUCCUGUAGGAGCUUUCAAUCAGCUGUCAGAACUUCGAGAGCUAUAUUUGCAGAAUAAUAAAUUAACCAAUAAGGGGAUGGACAAUGAAACCUUCUGGAAACUCUCAAGCCUUGAGUACCUGGAUUUGUCUAGCAAUAACCUUUCCCAGAUUCCACCCGGUUUGCCUCGAAACAUUGUUCUUCUCCACUUGGAGAAGAAUGCAAUAAGAUCAAUUGGUAAUGAUGUCUUGACCCAAAUCAAGAACCUGGAAUAUCUUCUGCUUCAUAAUAACAAACUGAAGGCCCGAGAGAUCCAUCCACUGGCUUUUCAUGGCCUGAAGAAAUUGCACACUGUUCAUUUGUAUAACAACCUACUGGAAAAAAUCCCUAGUGGGCUGCCCAGACGAGUAAAAACUCUUAUGAUUCUCUACAAUCAGAUUUCAGAAAUUGGCAGGGAAGAUUUUGCUACCACUUAUUUCAUGGAGGAACUAAACCUGAGUUACAAUAAGAUCACUAGCUCACAGAUUCAUCGGGAGUCUUUCCGUAAACUGAAACUACUGAAGUCCUUGGAUUUUUCUGGCAAUAAACUCCGCACCAUGCCUUAUGGUUUCCCCAAGAAUCUGCAAAGCCUCAAGUUAAAAAUGAAUUUGAUCAGUUCCAUUCCCAAAGGCACACUCUCUGGAAUGUCAAAGCUACAGGAGCUGUAUCUGAGUGCCAACAAAUUGAAAAACAAUUUAAUUCACAGCGGAUCAUGGAGAGAUCUCGCCAGUCUUAAGAUACUGGACAUGGCUGCCAAUCAUCUGACUUCUAUUCCAUCUGGUUUACCAGAAACUCUCGAGUAUCUGUAUCUCCAGAGCAACAAGAUCAGCACUGUGCCAGAGGAUGCCUUUGAUUCUACCCCCAAUAUAAAGGGAAUUUAUCUCAGGUUUAACAAGAUUGCAUUCAGUGCUGUGAAAGAGAGCACUUUCCAAAGACUAAAGCAUCUGCAAGUGCUGGACAUUGAAGGAAAUUUUGAAUUCAGUGACCCUUUGAAAAAUGAGGAUCACUCAGAGGAGGAAAUGGAGGAAGAGGACUAAUGGGAAGUGGCGUUUACGGGAAAACAAAUCUUUGCUGACCCAAGUGUAUCUACAUGGUAGAAGAUUAAGUUAAAUGCUUUUCUAAGGACACACAUAAAUGAUCUCAUUUACUCAACCCACGCAGCUGUGACAAAAACAAAGCUCUUUAUGGCCCCACCCCAUGAAUGGCUAAGUUAGCAAAUAAACAUAUAGUUCACAAGCCUACAUCAUUAUAAUUGGUGACAUCACAGAUGAACAAGUGAUAAGGAUAGUGUAUCACAGGGGUCUUCAAACCUGGCCCUUUUAUGACUUGUGGACUUCAACUCCCAGAAUUCCUCAGCCAGACAAGCUGGCUGAGGAAUUCUGGGAGUUGAAGUCCACAAAUCAUAAAAGGGCCAAGUUUGAAGACCCCUGGUGUAUAGCAUCCAUUAUAGCUUUCAAGUACCUGAUACCACAGAUUGAUUCUUCACUGACCGAAGAUAAAGGUGUGUGUUUUUUUUCAUCUGAAUAAUUACCUGUAUAUUGGAAUGGAAGAUGUCUUAGCAUGGGGAUUUUCCUUUAAAAUCAGCAAACAAUGAAGUGAAAAUGGCUGUAACAGAGAACGACUCUCACCCCACCCUCUCUUCAGCCUUGCACAACAUAUAUUCUCCUCCAUUCUUACAGCAAAAAUAAUUCCUCAUCUUUUUGAAAAAUCUGGUGACAUCACCAUCUCAUUGGCUGAAAAGCUGAAGGAAGUUAGCAAGAUGAGUUGUGACACACACACCCCACGAUGAAAAAUGCUACCUCUCUCUAAAGGCCUAUGAAAGUGAAAAAAGAGAACAUUUUUUCAAAAUCACACCGAUGACUAAACUGCAGAAACCAACAGAAACCAGUGGGCUUCCCUAUACUGCUAAAUUAAAAUACUGUAUCACUUUCCCAUCUGCCACCUUAGAUAAGCCAAUAGAAACUGCAGUUCAGUUUCAUCUGAAGAGCCACGUUGACCAUUGCUUUAGCUGCAAAAUGGUUAAAUAUAAGAGUUACUUGGGCUAUCUGCAUUUCAAAGUAUUAUUCACUCUGAGUCACUGGGUAGAUCUGGCUUAUUUGCACGGUCAGCUUUCAAGUGUCUGAUUCCUGUCUGCAACCUGAAACUCUUGUUUGGCAGAUUGUAUUUUGAAUGAUAGCCACUGAUAGUAUGGAUUAUGAUGAAAGUGAAAUAAACUAUUUCCUCCCUACAGAUUUAUAGCAUUGCUGAAGCAACAAAUCAUUAAUAAAGUGCUAUAAGUCACUAGUGAGUAAAUAGCCAAAUAAAUUCUAGGGUGGGAUAAAUUGUAAUGAUUACAUAAGUAACAUUUUGAUUUCAUAUUCACCAGGAACUAAUUCAGCAAAAUGGAAUGUCUCUUUGGACUGUCUCUUUGGACUGUCCAUUUCGCCUUGAUGGUCCGUAAAGAUACAGAGCACUUAACAGGAAAUGCAGCAAAUCUUAUGAAAGUAUUCAGUCUUUCUAAUCCUUUGCCAAGCUCAGCCAAGACAGUCUGCUAAUAUCAGAGCAGUGGAUGACCUUCCUCUAGUCUUAUUACUUGUACUACUUUUUUUUUAAAGUGUUUCUUGGGGUCAUUGUGAUGUUGUGAGAAUUUACAAAAGCUGGCUUUUGUUUACUUAAAAAAACACCUCUCACCAUUUUUACUUGUUAAUACAGGGUAGACUCUUUAAGUUAAGGCCCCAAUCCAUGGUCAAUGCAUUUCGUCGAACAGCUAUACUCAUCCAUGUAAGAUGGGAGACCAUCUCCUGUAGCUUCAUUGUAAAUCCAAUGUGAGGCAUCUCAGCCAUUAAGCGGAAUCCAAGUCAACACAGCCACAUUGGACACCUGCUCAGUAUGUAUAUAUUUGGAUUUUAAAAAAGAAAUUCUAUUAUGGCUGGAUCCCAUUGUUUUUAAUUUAUCCCCAUUCCCAAAGCCAGAAAUGCAACACCAUCUGAAGAUUUAAAAUACCAACUUAUUCUGUUUUGUGAAAAUUAAAAUAUAUGUUUGCCUUGGAGUGAUUUGUCAAAUUUAUUUUGUAUGUGCAUGUGAGGUUCUUUGCUAAGGACAUACGAAUUUGAUAUUCAUCUAGUAUUAGAUGUAACUUGAUUUACCAAAUUUGAACAGUAUUUGUAUGAGAGUUUGGGCCAGACAUGGCUAUUUAUCACUAUUUUUCUAGAAGCUUGCCCUCAUAUUCAAGAAGUAGCUAACAGAAGCUUUAAGGACAUGACACUGCUAGAUAUGUUGUUUUAUUGCAAGCAAAGAAUCCAUAUAUGUGUGGAGAAUUGGCUUGCUGCAAACCCAAUAGCCCCAACUUUUAUGACUUUUUUCCCAAUUGUUUCCUGUUAGUUGAUUGUUAACUGCUUUCCCCCCAGCCAUAUGAUUACUGUGGAUCUGACCAGUGUUCUACAAAGGCUUUCUCUGCUCUGAAUCCUCAUCUUGCCAUCUUCAGCCCUUAUAAGUCCCAUUAGUCAAAAAUAUGCAUUCAAUUUUCUCUGCAGGUAAUAAAAGCAUAUGAAAAGUUC